AUGAAAUUAGAAAACGUUGACAUCGAAAAAAUUAAAUUAACAGAUUUUCCAGCGUUUACGUGCCUCUGUGAAUUAUGUGACGAUGGUUGUUUUGAUCGUGCUGGAAAUGAACAUCAUCCAAAUUGCAAACGUCAACAUGCAAUUCAUUCUAUUCAAAUUAAACGUCUUAGAAAUUCUAAAUGUCCAUUAUCUCACUAUAAAGAAACAUUUCGUUCAUAUGGUGACGAUGUUCGACGACGUAGUCCAUAUCAUCCUCCGCCAGAUCCCGUAUCUGUCACAUAUCAACAACCAAUGGAUUUACUUAGUUCUCAAAGAGAUCAUUAUAAACCACCAACUGUGACGAAACGAGUUGAACCAAUUAAACAGGUUGAUAAGUAUGUUAAAAACGAUGAACCAAUGCAAACUCAAAGUCACUAUCAAGUGGAAUUUAUUGAAAAACCGAUUAUUAAACCAACAAUGCAAUUAUUAAAAGAUCCUGUCAAAGAUUCGAAUGUCAGUGUUAGUGUACCAUUUGCGAAAUUCUCCUCUCAAACGACUGCUCGCUCCCAUUUUCAACCAUGGAAAUCAGCACCGAGUCACGCUUAUGGAGAACCGCCUGCCGUUGCUGGUCAUAUAUUGUUUCCGGGUGUAGAUCGAAGUUUUGAAACGUCAUCUGGUGUCACAUUUAUCCCGUUUCCAGAUCUGCCGACCACAAAAUCGAUUACUAAAAACGAAUAUGGAGGAAACUUGAAAGUACCAUUUGGUUCAAUGGAUCUGACAACUAAUUAUCGUAAAGAUUAUAUUGAGCAUGAAAUAACUAAAAGUGACAUAGCCACAAAUAGUCGUUCUUCAAUCGAACUUCAACCUAAACGAAGUUCAUCAGUUAUUUACGUUCGACAUCCAAUGAAUUCCAUUACACAAACAAAAAGUGAUUAUCGACCUUAUCCGAAUCAUCGACCACCACAUCCAGCUGAAAUGGAACCAUUUCAAUCACAAAUUACGAUUGGAGGACGUACAAGUGAACCAUCGUUGAGUCAAUAUCGUCAAGAUUAUCCCGGUCAUGAUAUGAAAGAAAAUCGGCCUGUUUUUACGAGAAAAGAUGCGCCUACCUACAAACCACCAACAGAAAAAAUGGAAACAGUUACUAUAACACAGCGUGAUUACCAACCUCUUGAUUUAUCUUCCGUUCCUCGAUUAAGAGUAGUUCCACUAAAACCAACAUUGACCUCCGAAGUUGGACCCAUGGAAAGUGUUACAACUUCAAGACAUCAUUUUAAACCGUAUCAAUCAACACAACCACGACGAUAUGGAGAUCCGGCACCAUCAUUUUACAUACCACCAGUAGGAAAAAUUCAAUCAACAACUACAAACUCCGAACAUUAUCAAGCAAGACCAGGUGAAAGAGCGAGAAAUUAUAAACCCGAGAUACAAAUUUUAAAUCGUGUUGGCGCUCAAGAUUUUAAUACAAUGUAUCGUGCCGAUUUUAAACCACAUGGUGUAAAUUUAUGCGGAGCUAAAGCAUACACAUUAGCUCAAAAACUUCAACAGCAAUUAGAUGAACAACAACGGCAGAUGCAAUCGGUAAAAUAA